CAGAGACAGAGAGAGAGACACAGACACAGGAGACAUUUUUAUUUACAUUUUUGAUUUGAUUUUCAACAUGAACUCGUGUGCGCUGCUCCUGCUCCUGGGGACACUGCUACACGGAGCCACAGCCACGGUUCACACUUUGAAAUAUUUUGAGACGUCUUCAUCUCAAGUCCCAAACUUCCCAGAGUUCAUUUCAGUUGGAUAUGUGGACGACCUCCAGAUCUGUCACUACGACAGUUUCACAAAGAAAUUUGUCCCCAAACAGGAGUGGAUGAACAAAAUCACAGAGGAGGAUCCUCAGUACUGGGAGAGACAGACUCAGAACAGUUUGGUGAAUGAGCAGGUGGGAAAAGUCAGUAUUGACAAUGUCAAACGACGCCUCAACGUGACCGGAGGUCAACAUCUUGAUCAGAUGAUGUACGGCUGUGACUGGGACGAUGAGACUAAUGAGAUCAAAGGAUAUGAUCAAGUCGCUUUUGAUGGAGAAGAUUUUAUUUCAUUUGAUUUUGAGACUGACACAUUUGUGGCUCCAAAACAACAGGCCUUUGUCACCAAACAGAAAUGGGAGAGGGAAGGAGAGGGUGCCAGAGAGAAAAACUACAUCAUUCACAUCUGUGCUGAGUAUCUGAAGAAACAUGUGCACAACGGAGAGAGCGCUCUGAAGAGGACAGAGCUCCCCCUGGUGUCCCUGCUGCAGAAGUCCUCUUCAGCCCCAGUCACGUGCCACGCCACACGCUUCUACCCCGACAGAGCCAUGCUGUUCUGGACCAAAGACGGAGUGGAGGUGACGGAGGACGUGGACCCUGGAGAGAUCCUGCCCAACGGAGACGGGACCUUCCAGACCAGUGUGUCCCUGGACCUGUCCUCUGUCCCCCCUGAGGACUGGGACAAGUUCAACUGUGUGUUCCAGCUGUCCGGGGUCAAAGACGACUAUGUGACCAGACUGGACCGGACCAAGAUCCUGACCAACGAGAAGAGUCACACAGUUCUCAUCUCUGUUGCGUCUGUUGUUCUCGCUGCUGUUGUCCUCGCUGUGGUCGCCUUCGUCUUGUACUGGAGAUUUAGAGACAAACAGCCCUCGCCUCCUCCGAGUGAGCCGGAGGUGCUGCAGGAGUUGAACCCUCAGCCACGGUGAGAUUCACUCGGACAAACCCAGAGACACUGUUUUACACCGUUAUUGCAGAUCGUCUGUUUUCUACUGGGAUCAAACUGUAGCUGUAUCAGCCCCACUGGAGCACCUUAACCACACACACUACAUAUUUAGGACUGGAGUCGGUUUCUUAAGGCACUCGAGUCGUUUAUUGACACUUUGCUGCUGAUGUCACCAACAUUUCCUGAGGGUGUGAUGCUAACUGUAGGCACUGCUCUGUCUGAAGCUCUGUUACUCAAGUUAGACUUUAAUCUGAGUUUUGUUUUAACGCAAUCUGACCAUAAAGAACAGAUUUAGCCAAACUACAACAGGUGAGCUGAUUUGUGCUGUUAAAGUCCCACCCUCACCUCUGGUCUACCCACUACACACCAAUCAUCUACAGACCUCUCCGUUAUUAAAGACUGGCUCAAUCAUGCACACCUCGCCAGAUCAACAGUUUAUCCCAUGCGACUUGUUUUUUUGCUCUCUACCUCUUCCUCAGCCUCUGGUCCAGCAACAUUUUCAUCAUCACUAAAUCCUGUUAAUUUUUUUGAACUUUUUGUCUCCCUUAUUUGAACCGCCAACCAUUACAACAGUAUUUUAUUCUGGUUUAUUUUUGUGUGAUUUGUUUAAACUUUUGUGGAGGUUCAUUUACUUAUUAACUGUAGACGCUCUGUUUGAACUCAUCUGUGCAUUUUUCCUUUUCAAUAAAAUGUGUUUGGGUGAAAAA